GGGUGUCGGUGCUUUUUAGUGCUCGUGCACUGGAGUAAUGCUGUCGUGGAAGUAAAGCUCCGCUUUGCAAAGUCUGCUUUUAAUUUUGUGCGUUUUCUGUGAAAUGCUUUCACAUAUUUUAAAUUCCCCGCCUCCAUUUUUUUCCGUCCUUCUGUUUUGCUGUUUAACUACGUUCUUCCUCGAGUGCAGUUUUGGCAGACGUUAUUAGGCGGUACUGCCCCCAUAGCUUCCUGUAGCGUAUUGCAGUUAGAAAAGCGCAUUUAUUACGUGGUUUUACAAUAUGAUGAAUCGACGAGUUUUUAUAGUUGAUGUCAUUGAUUAUGGAGACGAAUCGUUGCAGCCCUGCUCUCUUCCCCUGGACCUGAGCAUCCCCAGAACACCUGGCACAGGAGUUGCACACAGGGCUUUCUAGUCAGAUGCUUGAACUACUCAGUUGGCUCCCUAGGUGUGGAGGAGUAGGAGCUAUACACUGAGUACCUCCCAAACUACCAAACCCCCCACCCAGUCUCUAAGGAAGAAGCCAACCACCUCUGCUUCCUCAGCGGGAUCCUCCUAGUAAUCCUUCCACCGCUCGAUGUUGGCAGCACACCAUCCCCACUAUGCACCACCAAAGUACCACUUUCCCCUCUGGCAGUUUCCAGAAUCACUUUGACGCUGAUGAAAAUACUUUUUUUUCCAUUUCCUUGCCAACUCAACUACAACAUCAGGUGUUUAAAAUAGUAAUUCUGGGUAGUCUACAGGUCAAUAGUACAUCUGCUGCAAAAUAUUAAGUACUCAGUACAGUUUUUUCUUUAACCUAUUCUCAAUUUUAAAGCUCACACACUAAAUCCUUCGAUAGUAUAGGAUACACUUUACUACUACACUUCUUUUUAAACGUUUUUUUUAAGACAAUCUGUUUGAAUUCUUAUUCAAAGUAAGGCCAACACAUUAAAAUUGACAACAGAAGAUAUCACUUCUGCAUGAACUUUUCCUGCUGUUUUGUGUGUUAGUAAGACGAGACUCAGCUUUUCCUGUGAAAAAACAUGCCCUUUUAGAUGCAUAUUGAAGUACUAGUACUUUUUUGUGCACUUACAUUUAAAACUGUUUCCUUAACAAUGAUUUCAGUUCUUUCCAACAAUUAUUAACUGGUGCCAAAGGGCUCUGAGAGGAAAUUAUAGAGGAGAUGUUUUUGUGUUUGUUUUUGCGCUGACAGUCUGUGACAAGGAAACAAAGUUGUGAAAAGAGGUGGGCUUUGUGGGUUCCAUCAUUGCUGUAAACAGAAGUAACACACUGAUGGCUUUGAUGGUGUUGCAUUAAGCUUAAGACUAUACAAUGUUUUUCUUGAUGGUACUGGCGCUGCUGUUCUGCACUGAGGCACAAGGCCUCCGAAACGUGUUUCUACUUCAUGGAAGUGAUUUACACCUAGAUGUAAAGAAAUCUGUUGUACUUGACAAAAAGACUGACUUUUUCUGGAAGUAUAAUAUUACUAAUUAUGUUGGUAAAAUUAGUUAUUAUAAAGAAGCAAUAUUGUUUGACAGUUAUGAAGGAAGAGCUGAGGUCUUUGGACAAAAUUUCUCUUUGGUAUUAAAGAAUGUAAAACACAGCGACUGUGGAGAUUAUGCUGCAGUUGUGGUUGGAGGACAAGAGCAAAGUAUAGCUGAAUACAAGGUCAUAGUCCAAGAUCCAGUAUCUCGUGCUGAGCUGACAGUGGACCAUCUUUCCAGCAGUUCAGACUCCUGUAACCUCACUGUGACCUGCAGCACAUUGGAGUUUAACAUCAGCAGCAUUUUUAGAUGUGAUGCCCAAAACUGCCUGCAAGUGGAAGAAAAGAGCUUAAACGUCUCAAAAUAUUUUUCUUCUCUGACUGUUUACUUGCAGCAAGAUACCAUCUUUUGUAAUCAUAGCAACAAAGUGAGCUGGAAAGCGAACAAGAAGGUGAUCAAGCCGUACUGUGAAACAAAAUCAGGUUCAGAUGGGAUCUCUGUCUGUGUGGUGAAGACAGUCGUGUUCUCUGUUGGUCUGAUUAUCAUGGUGAUUGCUGUCAUCAGUGUGCAUCUCAUGGAGAAGAAAAAGAAGCAAAAAUAAACCUUUCUAAUGUAUAUAAAGCUCAGUCUUAUGUAGAAAACUUCUGUGCUUGUUUGUUUUUUCACUUGUUUUGGUUAAAAAAUAAAUCCCUGUUUCUUUAUCUUAUACAAUGAAAACACAAAGUUGUGCAUAAGAAAUGUAACAAUGCACUCAAGCCAACAUCAUACGGUACAUUUAAAGACAAGAAAACAUUCAUGAUUAUUUAUUAGUUAAACCCAUCAUGAAACUGUUUGAGGAUUUGCUCCUGAGGCAAAUGUGUUUCUCAAACCUCACCAGAAGAGGGCAGUGUGUUACUUUUGAGCUGGUCUGCCCACCUGUCCAACACGAUUACCAAGUGAUUGAAUUCCUCUGUGCAAUUUCACAAUGCAAGAAAUGAAGGCCGUCACCUCCCCGUGGAAAGACCAAAACAUUAACAUAUUACCAGCUGACGAAGGGAGGUGCACUGUUGUAUUCAGCUCAGCUGAUUAUCUUCCCACGAUUACUACACUCCUCAGUGACAAUACCUAUGAGAGCCCACAAGCAUUAACUUGCAUAGGAUAAAGCCAUUGACUGCUCUAAGUAUAACCAUCUGUACCCAGGGGAUGCUAUAGCCUGUGUAUAUGGACUUAUAAAGAUCCACAAAGAAGGUGUACCACUCAGACUCAUAAUUAGCAGAAUAAACUCAGCCACCAACAACAUUUCCUAGCACCGCGCCACUAUCGGAGCUACUGUAGGAUGUUUUCCCUCCAAUCAGAUUUGCUGUUAGAACUCUGCCUUUGCACCACUCAUUUUAAAUACAACAAGGGUUUUUACUGACAAAAGUGCCACUCAUUGUAAGUAGCCUUGACACGGAGGAAGUGAAAGUAGAUCUUUGGGCUCUUUCACAGUGACAGCACCUAGCCACCGGUACAGAUGUGGAGGAAACCUGGGUUAAAACCAAAACCCAAGAAGUAGAAGCCUUCGCUGUUCACAUCAACUCAGUGGAUAGAAACAUGAAAUUCACCAGGGAAAAUAGAAGGGACAACUGUUUGCCUUUUGAUCAGUAUGUUAAAUGAAUAGUAAAAGAGACUGUUCUAAUGUCUGAAUUUUGUGUGUCUGUGUGUACAUGAUCAGGGAAAGGACUGAGGCAGCAAACUGAACCACAACUUCUUUGGGGUAUACUGUAGUUCUUAACAGCCACAAACUAAACCUUGCGUGAAAUGUGAUAAAUGUGAUAUAUGCAUUUAAUAUUUACUUUCUGAACUAUAGUAAUAAUCUUUUAUUCAUCUCCUUCAGUUGUAAGGAGUUAGCAUGUAGAUGUAACAAGCAAUGUUAUAAUAUACUGCAUGUACUGUUUCAUACAGCAUGCAGGGUGUGUUGCAUUUACGUUUUACAGUCUGUCUUUAAAGGAAGUUCAGUCAAGCAGAGACUUCCUGUCUGCAUAAAGUUGGGUUUAAAUACACCUACACAUCUCUCUGUUUGACGUUUCACUUUGUGCUUGCUGUUGUACCUGUGUGUAGAGUGCAGUACAAAUACUUGUCACUCACCUAACAGUCAUUACUGCACAUGAAUCUGCUUAAUGUUACUACCAUGAUUUUACAACAAUAUAUCUCUGAUAAUUUAUUGGGUCAAGGUUGCCCUCUCUCACAACGAGUCGAUAAAUACCAGCCGCAGUGCUAACUUUGUCAAUUAAUCAGAGAGUGCCAGAGGAGGGUUGCUGAGUAGAGUGCUUUUUGUUCUUGAGGAGGCGGAGGAAACAGACAUAAAGAGAGUGAAAGAAACUUAGUAGAAGGAAUCAGCAACAGACUCUGUGUUUGCAGAAAUCAACGGUUCCAUUUUUAGAUCUGAUUCUUGAAAAUCAAAAAGCCAAUCAGGUAAAAAGACUUGAAAUGUUUAUGAAAAUAUGAAGUUCUAACUUCACAACAGACAAUGACAGAAAUCCUUUAAAUAAGAUGAGUUUUUCUUGUCGUUUUUUGGUACAAGUAUAUUCCUGUACAAGAGAAAUAAAGAGAAACUCAGACUUCAUGAAACAACUGACAUCAGUAUUGUAAUAUAUCUCAGUUUGGCUGGUAAAAGG